AUGUCGGACGGGUCUGGUAUCCCUACAAUGCGUGGACUAUUCGCUGGAGUUUUCCAGAAUCCUGAUGACUUACUUUCAUUCCGCACACUUGUCGCCAAAACUCUUGGUACUCUGAUCAGCUCAAGUUCUGGCUUAUCGGUGGGACGUGGGGGUCCAUUUACCCAGAUCAUGGCCAUGAUUGGCUAUCUGAUAAGUAAAAUCCCGAUAUUCCGUCGCGCAAACUUCGGCCAAGCGAACUAUAACUUCAUCCGUGCAGCGGUGGCGGCUGGUGUCACGUCUGGUUUUGGCUCUCCGGUGGGUGCAGUUCUCUUUAGCAUUGAAGCUACUGCUAAGCACUACGAGAUCAAAUGCCUGUGGGAGGGCAUUAUUUGCUCUUCUUUCGCUCUACUGGUUUUUCGAAUCACUCCCGUUCUAAAAAGUGUUCUCAGCGGGCUUGCAGCUGGUUUGUACUGCAAGCUGAUGGUCGGGUUGCGCUUCAUACAGAUAACGCUAUUCACAAAACUAGGGCUCGCCAAACCGUCUCUGAAGCGCCGAAUCAUUCACGUGGUGUCAAUUUGUGUUAUCACAGCGACGAUCACUUUUUCUCUCGGAGUUUUGAGAAUUUCAGAUCGUCUCAUGGUGAACGAGUUAUUUCGCGACCAUAGCCUCAGUUUCCCGCAGUGGAAUCACAUAUCAGACCUCCCUCAGACUGCGUUAAUCGUUUAUAUCCUGAUGAAAUUUACUAUCACUCUUCUGCCCUGUGGAGCUCCGAUAUCCUGCGGCGUCUUUGGACCAAUUUUCACCACUGGUGCAGCUAUCGGGAGACUGUAUGGGGAGAUCCUAUUGCGGUAUUGGAGCCCAGCUCAAAGCCCUGCAACGUAUGCUGUCGUCGGUGCUGCAGGCUUUGCUGGUUCAGUUACGCAGACUGUAUCCACUGCUGUUAUUGUGUUCGAACUCACAGGCCAGCUUAGCCACAUGCUACCGGUCAUGAUUUCUUGUAUCGUGGCCUAUUUCGUCAGUAGUAUGAUAACACCGUCGUUCUAUGAUAUCGUGGCCGAGUGGGCUGGAAUGAAGUCGGUUUGCUACGACGUCAAUGAAUAUAUUCUCGGUCGGAAACUUGCAAAAGAUCACAUGAGUAUUGUUCCCGUUAUCUUCACUCGAGAAACCACAUACGAUGAAGCCAUUCAAGCCCUGGGGUGUAUUCGACGAUACGACCUGGAAAUUGGGAUAGCACGGUUCAUUGCAGUCAACCGCCCCCGAAUAACAGAGACGAAGAAUCAAAAAGUGGCAAAACAAAUUGAGCACUUAGUGUCGAAAGUUCUCGACAUUGACAAGCGGAAGAUAAUGGCGGUGGAGGAUCUAUCACUACUGAACUCCGAGGAGAAGAAUGCGUCUUCGACAGCAAACAUGCUUGAACUGGGACCUCCAUUUAGUCCCUUCGAGUUCACUUCAAUUCCUGUUCAAAGUUACAUCCCUCAGGUCGGGGAGGAAGUGAACCUCCAUAUCGUUCACAGAGUGGCCUCCAUGUCGAACUGGACUCAAGUGUACGUUGUCUCUCUCGGAAAACUUCUUGGCGUCAUUCAGCUCGACGCAUCUCUGCUAUCACUACGUAGUGAAUCUAGUCCUGUCCGCCCGAUCUAG